UUAACUCCAAGAAGUUGAGAUCAGAUGCUUUGCUGGGAUACUUUGAGUCCGAUAUUGGGAGUAUAUAUGAAAUGAAAGGCCAAAGCCAAACAUCCACCAAAAGACAUCGAGGAGGAUGACAUCGAGUCGAACUGUUUGAUGCCGAUGGGUGUGUCUCGCCAGCCUGCUGUAUUCAGCAUUAAGAUCUAUCAAGCCGAGGACAUACCACAAAUGGAUACUGGCAUGGGACGAAGUAUUAAGAAGUUCUUUAAAGGCUUGUUUGGAGGAGGAAAGGAAGAAGAAGAGAAAGGYGCCAAAGGUCUUGUCGACCCAUACGUGAAGUUAAGUUUCUGCGGCAAAAAGGUUGACACCAGUAUCAAAUAUCAGGACGACGCCCCUGAGUUUAAAGAAAUGCUGCAACUUCCAUUAAUGUUCCCAUCAAUGUGUGAAAGAGUCAAGCUUCAGUUGUACGACUGGGAUAGAGUUGGUAACGAUGAUUGUAUAGGCACAGCGUGCUUGUCACUGUCAGCCAUGUCAGGGGAGGGCGAUGAAGGAUUCCCGCCAACAUUUGGUCCUUGCUUUGUCAACUUUUAUGGAUCUCCGCGAGAAUUUAGCGAACUUCCUGACCAGAAUGAAGAUUUGAAUAAAGGAAUUGGCGAAGGCGUAGCGUAUCGWGGACGAGCUCUCGUUGAACUAGAGACAACACUGGGUUCAGACGACAUUGAGAAUGAAGUUACAGCUCUAGAGACCGAUGAUUGUAUUCGUGUCCAGCCAUUCUUAAGACGAGAAAAGUAUAAACUGUUCGCAUGUUUCUACGACGCCACAAUGGUGAAAGAUGUCGAUGGGCCGGUCGAGUUUGAAGUCAGCAUUGGUAACUAUGGUAACAAGAUGGACGAAUCCGUUGCYCCUGCCAACACCGCGCCUUCAAACCCAGUGUACGACGGUUGCCACUACCACUACCUCCCAUGGGGAAACGAAAAGCCCGUGGUUUGYGUAGAAAGCUUCUGGGAAGACAUUGCAUUCAGACUGGAGCCUCUUAAUCUCCUCACAAGUCUGUGUGAGAGACUGCAAAAACCUUUGAAUCAAAUAAAGAAAGCUUUGGACGCACCCACCCCACCUGACGACAAAGCCUUCGUUGCCAUGGUGACUUCAGUACUUGAUCAUCUUGUAUCAAAUUGCAUAAACUAAUCUCAAUAGAAGCAACCGAACUGAAACACCAGAUCGACCCUCCACCACCACCACCACCACCAGUACAACARCAACCAGGCGAGGCACCAGUCGAGCCAGCACCCCAAGUAGAAAUCGAGGAACUUGAGAUAGACCGAGAUGCAAUUGUAGGAGAACUUGAGGGGUUCCUUCAGAGACUMCAGGAUCUUGCAAUAGAGCCUCAGAACAGCAUGCCCGAUGUAAUCAUAUGGAUGAUCAGUGGUUCAGAUAGGAUUGCUUACUAUCGUAUACCAGCUUAUCAAGUCAUGCAUUUCUCYAAUCCUGAAGCACGUGGACCGCUCUGUGGAUGCCCAGUGGAAUUGAAAUUGAAAUAUCCUGGUAAGAAAGGCAGUGACAUCAAAGAACACCCAGAAAUCCCAGCACUCGUUCGUGUUGAGCUGUGGCUUGGGCUUGAAAAGGACCAGGACGACUGGACAGCGCGAGGCAAGAGCGAGGGCGAGUUUGUUGUCUACGCUGAAAGCUAUGAGAAUGAAAUGAAGAUUGGACCCAAGUGGUUCAAGAAAGGAUGUCCUCGUCCUGGCUUCUCCAGUGCUGAUGGAGAGCUCGAGCUUCCUCUCGAAAAGUUCGUAGAACCUCCAGGAUGGAACUUCCUUGGAGAUUGGGAAAAGAAACCCGAAUUGAGUAUCAUGUUUGACAAAGAUGCUGGAAGAAAGAUCUUCAUCGAGGAAAUUUAUGAACAACAGGAUCGAAACUUUCCUGGCGGAGAGUGGAAGCAAGCUAAAGUACCCUGGACUGAUGUCAGUGGUGACGACUGCGAUUCCAAGGAAAAUGUUCAAAUCCCUGCUGGAUGGCAGUGGGUGACCCARUGGCAGGUGGACGCCAACCGUGCAGUUGAUGGAGAGGGCUGGGAAUACACGGUAGAUAUAUCGUAUGGUGUCUACAGCCCUGUACAGAAGGCAUACUACCUGAGUAGACGCAGACGAUGGGUACGAAGAAGGGAUCUCAAGAACCCAGAAAGCUCGAAGAAACAGGAACACUUCCAGAAACUUCUCGUGGAAGGAUGGGAAUAUGCKCCAAUUUUYACCAUGAAAUUCCAUGCCAAAGAAAGAAAGAUGGACUUCGUAAGACGAAGAAGGUURAUGAGRAAACUUGUGCCUCAAGGCGGWGGCAAACUUGACCCCAAGAAAACAAAACUUCCGCCAUUGCUUCGUGUACAGCUUAAAAGCAAGGACGCUGAGAGUGCUUUGAUCUUGUCUCCUCGGAUGUUUGUAUCGUUUGAUAGACCUCACAAAUUCCAGCUUUGGGCUUAUGUCUACCAGGCACGUGACCUCAUUGCAAGUGACGACUCUGGAAUGAACGACCCAUUCGUGCGCGUGGCGUUCGCYAACCAGUCCCAGGUCACUGAAACAAAAAUGAAAACACUCUGUCCCACAUGGGACCAGACUCUGAUCUUUGAUGUCGAGAUCUACGACUCACUUGAGAACAUUCAGCGACACCCGCCUUCAGUCAUCAUGGAACUAUUUGACAAAGAUCAAAUGGCCCAGCAUCAGAUCAAAAACAUUGGUUCGAUGGGCCAGCAUCGAAUGUCAAACAUACACAUGAAACUUCCGGGCAAAGAUGAUUUCCUUGGUCGAACUGAGUUUAAACCGCUGCCCAAGAUGAACGGUAUCGAGGGCCCUCCAUGUAAACUGCUGUGGCAUUCAAUCACACGAGGUGAUGACGAUGACUGUGGCGAGAUUUUGGCUGCAUGUGAGCUUUUCUUGGACGAAGGGGCACAACUUCCCAUCCCCCCUACUGCACGGGACGCUACAGGGGAAAUCCUGCCCGUGCGCGACCGAGUAAGACCUGUCUUGCAAAAGACUGUUGUAGAGGUUCUUUGCUGGGGCGUUCGUAACAUGAAGAAAUAUCAACUUGCAAGCGUCAAGAAUCCCAGCGUGCAGUUCGAGAUUGGUGGUGAAAUCAUCCAAUCGGAUAUUCUCAGUGAUGCCAAGAAAUUUCCWAACUUUGGACGUCCAAUCUUGCCAAGGAAAAUAUUGAAUCUGCCCGUUGAAGAAAUGUACACGCCACCCAUGAAUAUACGUAUCCAUGACAACAGGACAUUUGGACGUAAACCUACUGUGGCUGUUCACUCCAUUAAAGCUUUGAAUMGAUUCCGCGUUAAGGCACCGCCACCACCGUCAGCACUUCAGAUCGAAGUUGAAGCUCCCAAAGGUCAGCAGCCUCUCAGAUCAGCACYGCCAGGACAAUCCCCUCAACUAACCUCUACCGACGGUCAACUAGUACCCGUACCCCCACCACCAUCUCAAGGCGAAGGAUCUGGUGUUGGAGAAGGAGCUGGAGGUGAAGGGCAAGGACCAUUGCCAAGGACAUCAUCUCAGACUAUCCCGCCAUCACCAGGACCCGCAAAACGYGACCCGAGCAAGGUACCCCAAGMGAAACCUAAGCGAGGUCCAAAGAAGACACCCGAAGAGAGAGCGAAGGAAGCCGCCAUUAAGUUCGAUUGGUGGUCCAAAUACCACGCCUCUCUUGCUGGGGAAUCAGAAUCGACUCAUUCUGGUCAUGGUAAGGCAAAGAAGUUGCUGGCAUUGUUAUCAYCCGAUGAAGCGGAUUCCAGCAGUCACAUCGAUAAGUACAGAGAAAGAGGCUAUGAUCAAYUAACAGUUUACCCCAAGGAACUAGAGCGCGUAGAAAAGUUUGGUGGAUUUCAAGAUGUCAUCGCCUCGUUCCCAUUGUUUCGCGGCAAAAAGAAGAAGAGGARGUCUGAUGACGAUGAAGAACAACAGAAAGUGGUCGGCGAAUUCAAGGGUUCAUUCCGCAUUUACCCGAUGCCCGAGUACGAUGGAGGCGAAGCCGAGUUACCAGAAACCUUAUUCACCAACCUCCCUCAAACCGAACCGAUCAACUGCCUCGUSAGAGUUUACAUCAUCAGUGCAACUGACUUGCAACCUCAGGACCCUAGUGGAUUGGCUGACCCGUACGUCGUUGUACAACUUGGCAAAAAGAAGGUUGACACCAAAGACAACUACAAACCCAACACUUUGAACCCAAUCUUUGGAAAGAUGUUUGAGUUUGAUGCUGUUAUUCCACAACAAAAAGAUCUCAAGAUCAUCGUUAUGGACUAUGAUCUUCUUAGCCGCGACGAUAUGAUUGGUGAGACGACGAUCGAUCUUGAACAGCGGUUGCUGUCUCGUUACCAUGCGAAGUGUGGUCUUCCCAAAACCUACUGCGAUUCUGGUCCUAACAAGUGGCGUGACCACAAGAAACCAAUGGAACUCUUGAAGGAAUGGUGUGACAGAAACGACAAGAACUUCAAAUUCUACAAAGGAACUAAAGACGGAACACCAGACAGGAUUGUGGUAGCKUACCGUGUCUACCAACUUGAUGAGUUCGAGGACUUUGAGGAGGAAAAUAAACCMAAUGACGAUCUUGGUGUCAAACAUCAACGUCUUGCUUUGUACGUGCUGAACGAGCUGGAAAUGGUUCCCGAACACGUUGAAACACGUGCCUUGAAAAGCAAUGUACAACCUAACAUUGAACAGGGCAAGAUCCAGUUAUGGGUUGAUUUGUUCCCUAGAGAUGUAGGCGGAGUCCUUAAACCAUCCGUCGAYGUCACAGCACGUGAACCACAAGACUAUUCACUUCGCGUGAUCGUUUGGAAUACCGCUGACGUCAUCAUGGAGGAGACCUCCAUCACAGGCGAACAGAUGAGUGAUAUCUACGUUAAAGCGUGGAUGGAUCGAGAAGAUGACGACAAACAGAAGACUGAUGUUCAUUAUCGAUCCAUGGAUGGUGAUGGGAACUUUAACUGGCGAAUGGUGUUCCCUUUCUUGUAUCUGCCCAUCGAAAAGAAGAUGGUCAUAAGAAAAAAGGAGCAUUUCUGGAGUCUUGACUAUAAAGAAGAGCGAACUAUACCUCGACUGAUGGUUCAGAUCUGGGAAAAYGAUACGUUUUCAUACGAUGAUUUCCUUGGUAAACUCGAGUUGGACCUCAUCAAACUUCCCAAGCCAUGCAGCUCUCCAGGCCGAUGUGGCGGCAGUCGAGAUCCUGGCAAAAACGGAGAAUUUGUUGACUUAUUCCAGCAAAAGGCAAUUCAAGGCUGGUGGGCCUGCUACCAGGAAGGAAAUGAAGAACCAACCGGAAAAGUAGAAAUGACUCUUGAGCUUCUUAACGCAAACGAAGCUGCCGCAAARCCUGUCGGUAUGGGACGAGAUGAACCAAACCAGCAUCCACAUCUUGACGAACCAAAYCGUCCAGCUACGUCAUUCCUGUGGUUCACGUCACCAUUCAAAACCUUAAAGCACAUUAUAUGGAAGAACUAYAAAUGGUACAUUAUUGGAUUCCUCGUCCUUCUCCUUAUCAUUGCCAUCGUUGUCAUCUUUGUUUACAGUCUGCCGGGCUACACUGCCAAGAAGAUCCUCAACGUAUAAAGAACCCUCCUUACGUCAUAUCACUGUACUUAAAUGUGUAUUGUAUCUUACAAGGGGUCCUAAUACAAAUGAUGUCAUUCAGGGGGAUAAGUCUCUCUUGUAUGGGUAAACCUCUAAUGUAAGAUGAAAUACACUUAAUUGAAAUAGUAUUUCUAGAGCAAAUUGAAUUCAAACUAACAACACACAGCUAGUCUUAUAAAUGGAUUAAAUCGAUAAUCGUUYGUCAUUAUCGGAUUUGAAUAAAGACCUCUACAGUUAA